UGUUUAAUCAAUCGGAAGAGCGCCGGGAACCACCGUUACCGUCAUUCGUCGGCUCCUCUCUCCGCCGCGCAUCCUCUACUAUCUCACCUGAUCCAAUGGCUCCGAAGAAGGAGAAGGCACCUCCGCCAUCUUCCAAGCCCGCUAAGUCCGGCGGUGGAAAGCAGAAGAAAAAGAAAUGGAGCAAGGGAAAGCAAAAGGAGAAGAUUAACGGAUCACUAGCAAGAAAAGCGAUUCGAGAGUUGAUGGCAAGAGGUGCAAUUCGGAUGGUUUCUGCUCAUUCAAGCCAGCAGAUAUACACAAGAGCUACCAAUACAUAAAAACCUCCCUCACAAAUAAGUAGAGUUAUGUCCACUUUUGACUUUGGUAUCUUUAUUUAAGUUGAUUUAAGUUCAUUGAAUUGACUAAAUUUUGCUAAGGCAUUUGCAAUUCGCCAAAAAAAGUU